AUAAAUUUGAGUCAGCACCAAUGACAGCUCUGCAGUCCUCCUAUGUGGUGCUGAUCAGGUGGUUGCAGAGCUUCAGCUCACAGCAACACAAUGCAGCUGAGCAGGCAAGCACAGCCCACAGCCAGAAACGGUUUCCACUCUCCAGAACAAGGCGACCUUUAAUCUUAAGUUUCUUGGAGAAAUGAGGUGCUGAUGUUGAAGACAACACUAUGGCUUUGAUGGAAUAUCAGAUAUUGAAAAUGUCUCCCUGCCUGUUCAUCCUUCUGUCUCUUACACCUGGUAUUUUAUGCAUUUGUCCUCUCCAAUGUAUAUGCACAGAGAGGCACAGGCAUGUGGACUGUUCAGGCAGAAACUUGACUACAUUACCAUCUGGACUGCAAGAGAAUAUUAUACAUUUAAAUCUGUCUUAUAACCAUUUUACUGAUCUGCAUAACCAGUUAACCCAAUACACCAACCUGAGGACCCUGGACAUUUCAAACAACAGGCUGGAAAGUCUGCCUGCUCAGUUACCCCGGUCACUCUGGAACAUGUCUGCUGCUAACAACAACAUUAAACUUCUUGACAAAUCUGAUACUGCGUAUCAGUGGAACCUUAAAUAUCUGGAUGUGUCUAAGAAUAUGCUGGAAAAGGUUGUCCUCAUUAAAAAUACACUAAGAAGUCUUGAGGUUCUCAAUCUCAGUAGUAACAAACUUUGGACAGUUCCAACCAACAUGCCCUCCAAACUACAUAUUGUGGACUUGUCUAACAAUUCCUUGACACAAAUCCUUCCAGGAACAUUAAUAAACCUAAUAAAUCUUACACAUCUUUACCUGCACAACAAUAAGUUCACAUUCAUUCCAGAUGAAGCUUUUGAUCAACUCUUGCAGUUGCAAGAGAUAACCCUUUACAAUAAUAGGUGGUCAUGUGACCACAAACAAAAUAUUACUUACUUAUUAAAGUGGAUAAUGGAAACAAAAGUCCAUGUGAUAGGGACUCCUUGUUCUAACCAAAUAUCAUCUCUGAAGGAACAAAGUAUAUAUCCCACACCUUCUGGAGUUACUUCAAGCUUGUUCACUGUCAGUGGGAUGCAGACAGUGGACACCAUUAACUCUCUGAGUAUGGUAACUCAACCUAAAGUGACCAAAAUACCCAAGCAGUAUCGAACAAAAGAGACGACGUUUGGUGCCACCCUAAGCAAAGACACGGCCUUUGCUGGCACUGAUAAGGCUUUGGUGCCCUACCCAGAGGUCACAUCCACAGAAACGGUCAAAUCACACGAAGCAGCGGCGGCAACCCUAACUAUUCGCCUCCAGGAAGGAACGGCUACAAACACAGGCCUCACUAGCUCAGCAAAGUCGUCCCCGACACCCAUGACCCUAAGCAUCACUAGCGGCAUGCCAAAUAAUUUCUCAGAUAUGCCUCAACAAAGCACAACCCUUACCUUACGGAGGGAAGAGACAACCACAAACAUAAAGACUCGCUUACUUUCUGUGGCAAGUGUUUGGAAAGUAAAUAGUUCAUUUCUCUUAAUGCUCAAUGCUGUGGUCAUGCUGGCUGUCUGAGGGUCUGCAUUUUCUCAAAUUAAUGAAAGAACUCCUCCCUGAUGUAUAGUUGGGCAAAUAUGUCCCUAUCUAACCAGUGAUUCAAGCUGUAUUAAGUAUUCAAGAAAGCCAGUCUUAUAUUUCUGAUUCUGAUAUAAAUGAAGUAACUUGUCUUAAAUAAAAGAAGUGCACAAUGUCUUGGUACUUGCUGCUAUUUUACUGUCUUAAGUAAAACUAAUGAAUUUUUUUUAAAUGACAUGCUUUCUUUUUAAGGCUUCAAUUUAAUGCACAAAAUAUAAAGCAUCUAAACUUUAUUAUGUAUUUUAUGUAUGUUUACACUGUCACAUCUGGGAAUAAAAAUAAAAGGUCUAUGCUCA